UCUGCGCGCGCAGUCUCCAUCCACCGCUGCAGGCGGCCGAGCGCGCGGUAUCGACGUAACACACCGCCCCGCGCAAACAUUGCCCACCAAAAUAUUCAGUGAAAACAGUGACCGGCCCAACAAGGAUUCUCAGCUGACUACAGCAUCAGCCACACCGGAAAACCAUUCACCAGCUCCCAGCGCGCGCACGAUGCGCCUAGCGCCGUCCGGCGGGUAGCGUUGGCGCGCAUGUGGGGGCGGGCGGCGCGCGCGCUGCGGCGGGCGGCGCUGCUGCUGCCGCUCGCGCUGUCGGCCCUGGCGCUGCUGCUGCUGACGCGCGGCCCGCCGGCGCCGCCGCCCACGCCCGCGCCGGUCGCCAUGCAGUUGCAGGGCAUACCAGCAGUCUCAGAGCCGCACUUCCAGGACAGCAAUGACAUCGAGGUGCCGGCCACAGAGGACGAGGUGUCCUCCCGCCCAUGGUACAUGGUGGGCGGGCGGGCGCGCCCCACCGCCCACGACCCGGACGCCAAGAUGUUCCCGGAAGAUGCUCCGGGAGAGGACAGGAUCAUCGAUCAACUAAUGUACACGCUUCCAGAAGAUGAGAAUGUGCCUGUAAAGACGAUUCUCCUGGCGAACGGGUUUAGUCCUUGGGGCGUGCGUGGGGGGCGGCGGGAGUUCAUCAAGAACAAGUGUCCAGUAGACCGCUGCUCCCUGACCGCCACGCGAACAGACCACGCCGACGCCAUCUUGUUCAAAGACCAUCAUACAGCGCUCAAUAUUAAAAGGGACAUCAAGCAACUCUGGAUCCUAUACUACCUGGAGUGCCCAUACCACACGCCGCCUCUGGGCCUGACUGCGUAUGACGUGUUCAACUACACGGCGACCUACAGGCGAGACUCGGACAUCGUGGCCCCCUACGAGCGGUGGGUCUACCACAACCCCAAGAUCACGGAGAAGGUGCUCGAUAGGAAUUAUGCAGCUAACAAGACUAAGAAGGUAGCGUGGUUCGUGUCCAACUGUCACGCCAGCAACCGGCGCCUUCAAUACGCUCGCAAGUUGUCCAAACACAUCCAAGUGGACAUUUAUGGAGCAUGCGGCGCCCACCACUGUCCGAAGUCAGACCCCAACUGCCUUGAGAUGUUGGAUCGAGAGUACAAGUUCUACUUGGCCUUCGAGAACUCGAAUUGCAGGGACUAUGUGACGGAGAAGUUCUUUGUGAAUGGGCUCAAACAUAGCGUGCUGCCCAUAGUGAUGGGCGCCCGUCCGUCGGAGUACGCGGCGGUGGCGCCCCCCAACUCGUACAUCCACGUGGAAGAGUUCGCCAGUCCCAAGGAGCUGGCCGCGUAUCUGCACCGGCUCGACCAGGACGACACGCUGUAUAACUCGUAUUUUAAGUGGAAGGACACGGGCGAGUUUAUAAACACGUACUUCUUCUGCCGCGUGUGCGCGAUGGUGCACGCCAGCGAGCGGCGGCUGCGGCGCGCGCACUACACUGACGUGCAGGCGUGGUGGCGCGAGGCCGCCUGCACCCGGCAGGACUGGCGCGCCGAGGGGAAGCCCCCGGCUGAUAACGACUACCGGGUCAGGGAUUAAACGGAAUGGUUUUAGGUAGAGCUCGUAAUUUCAUUCGCUGAUAGCCAAGGUGUUUUGAGGACUGAUUUGGACGAAUAAAGUGAUUGAUUUCAACGCGGAAAUCAAUCACUUCGUUCGUUUGUAAGUAAAUGUGAGUUCGUGAUACCCCUGCAGUCCAUUAGCGGCGGCCGAUCUAACUUUGGUUAGUAAAUAGCCCGAAUUUUAGAAUUGGAAUAAAAAAUAUAAAACGGUGCACAAGUAUU